AUGGCGACGAUGCCACCGGCAGCAGCAGGAGACCCUUGCAGGUGCCACCCUCAGCUGUUUCUCAGUCUUCCUCAAGCUCUGCCUUCGAGCAGAGGAUGGAGAGGCGUCUGUGCCCGGCCAGAAGUGUGGGUCCCAGGCCCGAGCUCGGUCCUCUGCUACGGUGAAGGCAGCAACGGGGACUGCAGCGAUGACGGAGAUGGUGACGGCCAAGGCACCAGUGAGAGGGCCAGCGGCAGUGAGAGAGGUGGAACUCCAUCUUCAAUUGGUGACCGAAUUGGGGAGCAAAGGGUGACGGGGUUUGUGGACUACAACAAGGGGCGGCGCAGGCUGUCUGUCCAGGUUGGCGGCGUCGGAAGGGACAGGUUACCGGCGAGAUAUCGUCUUCGUGCGGCAGGGAGUGUGGACUGGACGGUGACGGAGGUGGCGGAGAGGAUCCUGAGGCUUGAACACUGGAAUGACAUUGAAGGCAUCCUUAACCGCUGGGCGGGUCGUUUUGCGCGGAAGAACUUCCCCCUUCUUAUCCGGGUAAUGAAUCGACUUCGUUUUUAAAUUCUCUUCGUCCCGUGGUUUUCGGUCAGAGCAUAGCCGACUGCAUUCUCUGAUUUUUGGCCCUUCUAAUUUGUGGAUAAUUGUUGAUCUGCACGGCCAGAUGCAUUAUCGGCGUACGUAGAUGUUCUGUUUUCAUUCAAUGGACAGCAGCUCCUGGUUAAUUGGCGAUCCACAGUUAGGACCUUUUUUUGAUGUAUACUCGGUGAUAGGCAACUCAAUAGUUUUGGCGGCAGCUAAUGAGGUAUCUAAACUUCCAUGAAAACAUUUCAUUGGAUUCUUCAUGUGUCUUGACUCCAAAAUAAAUCAAUGGCAUGAUGUCACGUAAGAGUUGUUGGGUAUACGUGGAAAUCGAAUUCAACGGUUAUUGUUGGGUUUAUCUCACAAAAAAAAAAGAAUUCAAACAGAGAAGAAGAGAAGGCACAGUUGAAUUCAAAUGGUUGGAGUUGUGAGAGUUGGAUUAAAUCCUGUCUUCCACUAAAAUGGGUUUAAAUGAACGUUUUGGCCCAAAAAAGUAACAAAAAGUGGUCAACAAGUGAUAGAUUGGAUUCUUGUCCGAUUUCUAUGACCCCAUCUCCAGUGAAAUUAAUUGUCCUCCUUUCUCUGGGCAUCCUCUCAACUUUGUUGUGUUAUUUUAUUCCUAGAUACUGAGAAUCGAUGAAUUGAGAAGUCCGAAAGCUAAGAAUAAUAUGAAUUUGAUGAAUUAUAAGUCCUGUGCUGACCCAAAUUUAAGAACCAUAAGCUUUUGGUCAUUAGUUCAGAACUUCACAUGCACUGGAAUGGAUCAAACUCCAGAAACAAGGACAAGACUUAAUCUAUCAUGCACUCUACAACCUUACUUUGACUGACAAUCAAAGGAAGUGAAUAGAAGAGGCAAGCACUAACAAUUGGGGGACGUUUUAUUUUUUUCUUAAAUCUGUUUUCUUAAAGACACUUCAUAUGAUAUAUCUUUACCCUUUUGUGUCAUCAGAAUUAUUUUUCCCUUUACUGGAUUACACAUUAUUCAUUGUUAGCCUGUCAAUUUGUGUGUCCUCCUUUUUUGCGUGAAUUGUAACUGUUAUAUGUCCCUAUUUGCAUUUGGUUCUCGUGAAAACCAUGGCCUUUUCCCCUUAGGCACGCUUUCUUGGUAUUGAUAUCCUACUAUUUAAUUUUUUUGGGAUAUUUUGAGUCAUUUCGGAUGUUUUUAGGCUUCUAAACGACUUGCCUGUGGUUUCUUGUAGGAAUUAUCCAAUGCCUGUGCCAUUGAGCAUAGCAUUAAAGUCUUUUCCUGGAUGAAAAAUCAAAAGGUUUACCAUGCUCAGAAUGAUAUCUAUAACAUGCUGAUUCAGUUGCAUGCAAAGCAUAAUCGAACUGAUCAAGCACGUGGAUUGUUUUUUGAGAUGCAAGAAUGGCGGUAUUGAUAAUAGUGUUCCUGCUAUACAUUAAGAACUUGGCUGAACUCUUUGUAGCUGCUUUGUGGUUUAGACCUUUUCCCGUUAAUAACUAAUUAUAUUUCUUCGUGCUGACUGUUUUUUGGUUCGAAUGGAAUAAACAUUGAAAAACUCAAGUAGAAAUCAUGUCUACUAUUUUUUAUUACGUUUGGUUUUACAGUUUUCUCAUAUCUGCAGUGAUGAAAUUACAUUUGUCAGGUCCAGGAAUUCAACUGUAUGCAUGCUAGUCAAAAUUGAUAAGUAAUAAGUCAUUCAAACGACAAAAAAAUGACUUAAACAAUGCUACACGUCACUUUCUAUAGGGACAUAAUGUCGGUUACUACAUAAUAUUCUCAUACCCUCACCUCUCAUUGUGAGUCAAAAUGAUCAGGGUUGCCUUAAUUUUGUUGGGACAUUUCUGAGUGUCAUUGAUUAUGGAAACUAUUUUUUGUAUCUCGACAUCAUCAUAGAUGACACAUCAUUAAAAAGGACCCAAAAGGUAUCAGAAGACCCACAUUUCUGUACAUUUCUUUAUAUCAUAUGCAGAUAUCUGCUAUAAAGUGAUGAUGCCCCAGAUGGAGUCAGCUAUGUCAGUUAUUUGAGAAAAUGAUCCUCAUCUAGGAACAUUGCAUUAAUGCUGAGGUCCUAAAUUACUGGCAAUUGAUGAUGUUUUGCGUCUAUUAAUAUACAGGAAGUACCAUUACAGUGAAAUCUGCGAAUUGUGGAUAACACUCAGUCAAAAGUCUGCUGUACGUACAGUGGAUCUUCUGAUGUUCAAAAGUCGUAUAAAUCCAUACGUUGUUCAAUGCUUCUGCAGCUUUAUAUGCUAAGAUUCAAAUAUUUUUGCAAUAAUCUUGGUGAAGGCAUCUGGUGUAGAUGAGUUAAGAUUGGCCUUGGUAACCCAGGACAACCCAAGAUCUAUUAAUGAGUUGAGUUCAAUCGGGCUCUAAAUGGUAUAAAUUUGAGAAUUUAGACCUGGUUAUGCAAUUCGCUUUCUCAUUUCUUAUUUUAAUGAUGCCGUCCUUUGCCCAUGUUUUUUUCUUGAUGAUCAAUGCUAGGUUUUCACUAUUUAUAGUUGCAAGCCUGUUGCUGGUUCAUACCAUGCUCUAAAUCAAUCCGAUGUAGUUAUUUUAUAAUUUUUCUCUUGGGUGUUAACACUAGGUUUUCACUUUUGAUAGUUGCAAGCCAGAUGCAGACACAUACAAUGCUCUAAUCAAUGCGCAUGGGCGAGCUGGCCAAUGGCGUUGGGCAGUAAAUAUAAUGGAUGAUAUGCUUCGUGCUGCUGUAUGUAUUAUUUUUCGUCCCAUUUGUUAAAAAUCUUUACCCUCUCAGCGCUGUACUGCUCAUACUUUGUCAAAAUGAGAAAGAUAUUGAUGAUUGAUUCUCGUAAUUUUGUUCCACACGAGUUAUUUUUGCCUACAUGAGAAUUAUCUUAUAUGCGGAUGCAAGGAAAUCUUCACAGAGAGUAUUCUGUGAAAAUUUAUGCUUUGAUGCUUCUAAAUGCUAGUCAUUGCCGUCUACUAAAUCCACAUAAUAAACCUUCUCAUUUUCUUCACGCACUCAUUGCAGUGAUAAUAUUUGGUCUCCUCUAUGGGAGUUUCUCCCUCUCCUUUGAUCUUGGUGCCUGGAAUCUGGUGAUUGAAAGCUGUAUUAUCUGAUCCUUAUUAAAAUCGGCAGUACCUGAUCUGAUCUGGCGGGGAGACUUGGAUACCUCACUGGGUCAGUCACAGGGAUGAGGCAUCCUUUACUUGACAGACAUGGGGAGUGAGUUGUACUGUAGUUGUCUGAGUUGAGAUGACUGGGCAAGCAAUCAGUCUACCCAACUCAGAUUGGUUGAUUCCUGGCCAAUGUAACCCGUCCAGACAGCAUUAAAAAGGCUUGGACCAGCUAAUUUGGCCCAUCUAAUUCCAGAUCUUCAUCCAGAUCUGACCACUCGAUUCAGUUCUAAGAACAAUGUUGCUUGUGAUUUUUGAUUGUAUUUUCUUCCAUUUUAAGGUUUAAUCUGAUAGCUGAGUCAUCUGCAUUACUCGUUCAUUUCAUUCAGCGAAUAGUGAAGAUGCAUGCUUUCUUGCAGCAUUAGGGUUCCUUGUCCCCUAUUUUCCUUUUACUGAGAUUUUGUUUGACUAUAUUUCUGAUAACUCUUUUGGAACUUGAAUAAGACUUUUUAACAUGGUGCUCUUUUCUUAUCCAAUGUUUCAGUUUUCGGCCUCAGCUCACACCCUCUCUUAUAUCAAAGUCCUUAAGUCCUUAGUCCUGAUCACCACGCCAGGGGGAUGAAUCUUUGAUUCAUCUUGACUUUAGGUUUAGGAUAGGAGAUCAAAGCACAGAUCGGCAAAGUCCUUAAUCCUGCCUUGAACUAGGAGCACUAUUUUAAUCAUUUAACUCUGGCUGCUAUGUUGAUAAAUUUGUUAUUGUAACUUAAUAUGCUCACUGUCUCACAUUUUGGUGAAUGCAUGUUAUUUUCUAGUUCAUGAAUUAUCUUCGUAGCAUUUUAUUUUUACAAAGCGAAACCAAAUGCCUUCAAUGCUAAGUUGAUUAAGUUGAACUCAGACUUUCAUGCUUUAGCAAAAGAGAAAACUGGCUGAAUAUAGGACUCCUUUCCACUAGUAGAUUAACUGUGAUUCAUUACUUGUUCAACUUUUCUUACUGCAAUUGCAAUGUUUCUACAUAGACGAUGGAUUGGAGUUGUGAAGUUAGAUUUAUAAGAUCCCUUGAAAGAUGAUGAGUUUUAUUUGGGGAGUUCCAUGCUUGCAAUGGCUCAUGGCUCACGAUAGCAGGAUAUUUCAAAAUUUCAGAGACUAACUAGCUAGAUUUAUUUUAGAACAUCAGGCCUCUUUAGCUUGAGUAUCUCUAUUACAUUUUUACAUGUCUGUUAAAAAUCUCAAUGUACAAUUUUUUAAACACUUUUACUUAAAUUGAUUUUCUUCCUUUUGAUCAAAGAUUCACGACGGCCAAUGGAAAUCUAAUCCUUAAUCUACUGAUCUUGAUCAACUGGUCUUGGCCAUUUAUAAAAUCUGAUUUUAGAACUUUGCUUAGUAGUUGAAACAAAUAUGGGUAACCCAACGUUUCAUCAAUGUAAACCCAGUCUCUAGACACUGGAUUUCUAGACAAAUAUAGGUAACUCAAGGUUUCUAAACCCAGUUUUGACCAAAAAAUUGUUCUUGGAUAAAUAUGAACUAAUAUUUGACAACAAUGGAAAUGAAAACAUGAAACUUUCAGCACUGUGAAAGAGGACAUUGUGUCCCCAGGGCAUCCAAUACAUUCAGCAUAUGUACAUUUUGCAUAGACCAGGCCUAUGAUAAAUCGGUAUUCUCUAGCCCACAUCGGAGUUCAAGCCAUUGAUCCCGUGGACGGAUCUUUCUACUGUUAAAUUUAUUGAAGUUAGCAUAGUUAAUACAUUAACAGAUGAAUUUCUUUCAUAACCAGGGGCUGAGAUAGAGUUAUAGACUGAUUUUUUUUAAAUAUGCUAUGAGGAUAAAUAUUUAUUUGUCUCAUCCUCCAAAUCUAGGGAUGAUAAACAGCAGGGUUGUAAAGAAUUAGCAGUUAAAUUCCCAUAACUUGUGUUGGGAUUCCUAGCCAGAAAUAUUGAUCUAUUUUGUUGAGAGAUCUAGUUCCUAUUAGGUACUGAAUACAAGUUUGUAUGUAUCCAAUAAUCCAUGAUAUGUGUUGCGUCUGUUUAGAUGUUUGCCCUUUGUCCCUAGUUGACUUAGGUGUCACAGAAGUACCUGCGCGCUUUCCAUAGUUUCGGCUUGAUCUUUAGAGAUGUACGACAAUAGGGUGUGGGCCAGCCUAAGCGUUUUCCUGGUCUGCUCACACCCUUCUUUGAGGGACUGAACUGUGUCCAGUUUCUCCGUUUUUUACCCAUAAUUUUUUACAUUAGGUGCAACCACGUGGUCUAAUUUUGUUUUUGGAAUGCUGUCAUUGGUUCUAUAUCUGAAACACUUGUUUUUACUAUUCUCUGUUAUCUCUGAUAUUAUUUUUGGAAUGCUUUCAUCGGUUCUAUUCUGACCUCAAAUAUGUCUGUAAUAUUUUUCUGAUUCCUAAUUUUGUAGAUCCCUCCUACCCGGUCAACAUACAACAAUUUGAUCAAUGCUUGUGGAUCUAGUGGUCAAUGGAAAGAGGCUCUUAAGGUUUGCCAAAAAAUGACAGACAAUGGAGUUGGGCCCGAUUUGGUGACUCACAAUAUUAUUCUUUCUGCUCUCAAGAGAGAGGCACAAUAUUUGAAAGCUCUUUCCUAUUUUGAAUUAAUGAAAAGAAGAAAGAUACUCCCAGACACGAUCACUUUUAAUAUAAUCAUACAUUGUCUUGUAAAACUGGGGCAAUAUGGAAAAGCUGUUGAUAUUUUUAAUUCAAUGAGAGAGAAACGAGCUGAACAUGCACCGGAUGUGGUGACGUUCACUAGUAUCAUCCAAGCUUAUUCCUCUUGUGGGCAAAUUGAAAACUGUAAAACAGUGUUUGACUUGAUGAUUUCUGACGGAUUGAGUCCUAGUUUGAUAUCAUAUAAUGCUCUUAUUGGUGCAUAUGCUUCACAUGGAAUGCAUGUGGAAGCUUUGAAAGUUUUCAAGUUACUGAAAAAUUCUGGUUUUCGACCUGAUGUUGUAUCUUAUACAUCAUUGGUGAAUGCAUAUGGUAGAUCUGGACAGCCGGAAAAAGCUCGAGAGAUGUUUGACAAAAUGAUGCAGAACUCAUGUAGGCCUAAUAUAGUUAGUUAUAAUGCACUUAUUGAUUCGUAUGGAUCUGAAGGGAAGUUAGCAGAAGCCUUAGAUGUGCUUCGUGAAAUGGAGAGGAACGGGAUUCUACCUGAUGUCAUAACCAUAAGCACUCUUUUAGGGGCUUGCAGUCGAUGUGGUCAAGUUGUGAAUAUUGAUUCUAUACUUUCUGCUGCUAAGUGUCGUGGUAUUGAAUUGAAUAUAGUUGCAUAUAACUCAGCUAUUGGGAGCUAUUUAAAUAUGGGAAGCCCUGACAAAGCCUUGCAGUUGUAUGAAUCAAUGAAAGAAAGGAAGAUCAAGCCAGAUGCUGUCACUUUUAAUAUCUUACUUAGUGGUUUGUGGAAGAUGGGAAAGUACGAUGAGUCUCUCAAAUUUCUCGAUGAGAUGACGGUCUUGCAGAUCCCUUUAUCAAGGGAAGUCUAUUCAUCAGUCAUAUGCAUUUAUAACAAGAAGGCACGUAGUUUCUCCUCCCACUUUUUUCUUUUCUCAACCUUUAUCAAAAUCUGACCAUCCCCAUACAAUUUCCUUUCACAUUCUGAUUUUCAUUUUUCAGGGCCUAUUAGCAGAAGCAGAAUCCAUGUUCGCUAAAAUGAAGGAAGCUGGCUGUUGUCCCGAUGUUGUCGCAUAUACUGCCAUGAUUGAUGUAUAUGGUGAAGCUGGUAAUACUACCUGGUAAUCUUGUUCAGUUUAGAAAUUUCCUAUUACUGACAGUGACUCUUUGGGCCUUUGAUAUGAAGGAGCCUGUGAGAGAGCAUGGGAGACAUUUCAGGAGAUGGAAAUGCACGAUAUCCAGCCAGAUGCGAUUGCUUACUCAUCUCUGAUGAAAUCUUUCAACAGAGGGUGCAAGCCAGAAAGGGUUCUGGCUUUAGCAGAGUUGAUGAAAGAAAAAUCUAUCCCCUUCAAUUCCGCGAUCUCUUUUGAAAUUUUAUCAUCCUGUAGCAUGUAAGAAGAUACUUCUCAUUUGUGAUAAAUAUUUAUUUCUAAAUAGGAUGUAAGCUUUAAGAACAAGAUUUACCGAGUUGUGUGCUUAAGCUUGGUUUUCCACUUUAUUGAGUGCUAAUAAUUUUCGACUCAGCUAAGUUGUCUAUCCAUGUUGAGAUCACGGGUAAGGGUCUAUUUCUAUUGAUUGUUGGACCUCCUCACCUGUGUGUCAGCAGAACUGCUAUAUGUCAUGUGCUGAAAUUACUUGUCACAGGCAUAGAUUUAAUCAAUCUAUGUGACAGGAGUGAGGUACUUCAUGCUUAAUCUAUUUGUUGUCAUAAUAAAUUACACUAUCACCAAUUUUAGAACUAAUCUGUUUCGAUUUUGACCUAGCACAUUAUUGGCUCAAACUGGCCAAAAUCUGGGCUGUACUCUUGUUGUCUCUGUUUUGUGUAACACUUUCUUAGUGGUCUUUCAGGAAGUGAUAAUCAUAAUGGAUACUUACCAUAAUGAAAAAACACUCACGCUCAUUCAUUUUGUGUACUCUGUGCAUUUUAGGAAACGAAUUUAUGUAAAUAAAUGAAUGCCUUUGAAUGGUUAUGUUUCCUUGUGGCUUUUGAUACUGAAAUUGAUACCUGGAAUCAUGAGCUGAAAAUUUGCCCCUGAUGUUGGAUGGCAAUGAUAAGACACUAGAUUUGCAUGUUUUCUGUAAGGAUGGCGAGGGGUAGCUUACAUUUGAAGUCCUAAUACAACAAAGAAAUGCAUCGCUGUUUUUCUUUUAAUACUGCUGUCAGACCUUUUCUGUUCUAACGACAUGAUUUGCUUUUGGACUAUCAGUGAAAAACUGAUGCGUGUUGGACUUCUGUUGUUUUAGUAUUGCAAUGAGCAUGCUGGAUGUGUUUAAUGAAACCCCAAUAAAAUUGCAGAAAGAAGUAAUAUUCAAUUGAGUUUUUUCUAAAUUUUGAUGGUGUAUGUUGUUUUCUGUAAGUUCUGGGAAAAGGAUUACGAGUUCUUCUCAUUUGAUGAUAUUUUCUUAAAGGUUGAGAGAUUGGAGAACAGCAAGCGAGUUAGUUGACAAUUUGGAACCUUCAUUUAGAUUCUUUUCACUUGGACUUUUCAAUCAGAUUCUGCAUUUUUUUGGGAAAAGUGGGAAGGUCGACAGUAUGAUGAAGGUAUAAUCUUGUCUAAGCUUAUUUUUAAAAAAUCCAUGUGUCCUUAUCUUAUUUUGCACACACUUUAUGGUGGGGAACGCUGUUGCAAAACUUGUUAGCUCGGUUUAAUGGGCUCCAUGUGGAGUCCAGGGUUCCAAAAUGGGAUUUAUCUUUCCUUGAAUCAAGAAUUUUGUGAUGCGUUGCAUCUUUAAAUCCAAUUCAAUUUGUUUGAAUCUCUUUAAAGACCAGAUUGUACUGAUACUAUAGCCGCUGCCCCUGUUAAUAGCCUUUUAUUAUUUUAAAUUUUUUAAUAGAGUAUUAUUUCAAAGAGAUUAAUAUCAUAUCCAAGAUAUAACCGAACAUUAAAUGAUUAGGAACGUGGCAUACUACAGAGAUAAUAGAUAGAUAUUGUUUCUUAUCUUUCGUAUUUUUUUUUAUCGUUUUUGUAAUAGCAUCAAAGACUAUUAUUUUGAAAGAUACUUUCGAGUUCAUUAGAGUUAAAUCUCAUGUUUUCAACAUAUAGUAAAAUCUUUCUUCAAAAAUUGUAUUUGAUGAGAACUGUUACUGCUCACGUGUUGCUCUUCAUGCGUAACUAGUGUUUUUCAAUUUUUUUUAAUUCCUCUAUUCCCGGUGGUUUAGAGUUAAAUAAGGCCUUUUGUAAUCGUUCCUAUUAGGAUUACUAAUAAAAGAUGAGAAGGCCUUCAUUGUAGUGAGUUGUUCUCCUCUGCCACACCUCAGAUUUCUCUUGAAGGGAUGAGCGCCAUCUCUCUCUUUUUCCUCUUGUUCCGUGGUUUUUUUUUGAAAGAGCUUUCUCAGGAUUGAAUCUUACAUUGGAACGAACUUCUCCUAUGCUAAAUUUUUUACUUUUUUAGGUUGAAAAUUAUGGUAUCUAACUGUAGUAAGAGAGGGAUAAUGAUAUCCAAUAAUCAACUUUAGAUGAGCGUAUCAUCUAAUUUCUAACUACCUUAUGUUUCAAAAGAUCAUCAUGGGGGAGGCUAUUCUUGAGAAAAUGUAAUUAACACUGAAUGAGCAUAAUUUUCAUAGUUUCUGUCAACAUAAUGUAUCUUAACAUAUCUAGCGACUAAAUCAUAUAAAAUACUUAACUAAAUCGAGCAGAAAAUUAAUCCUACUUUAGAAAGCUCUGCGUACAUCUCAGUUCUCUCCUGCUUUUUUUGCAUGCUUUACUUUCUUUACUUCAAAUCUUUCCUCCAACCAGAGUUAGUCGAGAGGGCACUUGACCAGACUCUAGAUUUCUUGAGUCUUUCUAACGCUAGUACGUGAUAAUGAAAUUUAUAUCUCGGUCAGAUGUCAUUUUUUCAUACUCUACUAUUGAGCCAUUAUAUUUCUUGUAUUAACUGACCGCCAAGUUCUCUACGUUUUCCUUUUAUUCUUUUUCUUUCAUCUCUUUUUCAGUUCCUUAUCUGAUAGAGGGCCAAAGGAAGCACCAACAAAAUAUGAAAGUUAGUUUGUGUAGUUACUCUGAUAACUGUACAUUUAGUCUUUUAGAGCCACCUUAUAAUCUAGUCAGUAUAUUUUAGACAUGUGUCCACUGGGUUUAUUGGUCUUUCCCAAGUUCAAUUCAACAUAAUUUUUUGAUGGAGAUCUUGAAAUUAUUAAAAAUACUCCAGACCAAGGAUAAAAACGCGAUUUCAAGGUUUGGGCCAAUUUGACCUUCCAAGCAGUUACGAAUUCUAUAUAUUGAGGCCACCUAUAUUUCUUUUAGUUCACAAUUUUAUACAGUUAAAAUAAAGAUAUUUAGUUCUUGCGAUAGUCUGAAACUGUUAGAGUUACCAGUGGUGAUAUUGCAUGAGAAAUGAUAAACAUAGAAAGGAAAACCUAAUCAAUGUAUUAUAAGCAGCAAGUAAAGGUAUAUAAAUUUGUAUAGUCAGAGUCAGGAGACAGUCGGUUUUUUUUUUUCCCAACUUGUGACAAUCCUGUAUGAUUGUCAACUCAGGAUUAUAUUUUCUGAAGAUUUAGUCGAUCUUUAGAUUCUCAGGUUGAUGUUCUCAAUUAUCAAAUGUAGAUGUUCUCAUUUAUAUUUCCUCUUUUAGAAAGAUUACAUACUGAAGUCGGUGGGUACUUUCCUGUGUAUUUCAUCAAUUAAUUUACAGUUAAAUCGUUCUCACAUGAUGUUUACUUAGAUUCAUAGAACGCUGUUUUUUUGUUUUUUACUUCAAAUGAAAUGCUCUACAUUGUUAAAUUCAGCUCUUUUACAAGAUGACAGCAUCUGGUCUGGAUGUGAACCGUGGAACUUAUUCAAUUUUGCUGAGGCACCUUUUGGCUGCUGGAAAAUGGAGGAAAUAUAUUGAGGUUUGUAAGAGUUGAAAUUUUGACCUUUGUUUUUCUUUCUAGGAUGUGUUACCAAUAUAUUUAACUAAUAUUUUACACAUUCAAAAAUACCUGGGGGGACUUGUAUGACUGGAACAUUUACCUAUAUAUUUAUGCUUCCUGUCUUUUCUAUUCCCUCGGCGUAUUUCUUUUCGUAAAAUAUGUUUUGCAGUGUUUUGAAGAAUAGCUCUAUGGUGCAAGUUGUACAUUUGAGGUUAUCUCAUGAGCCAAAAUUAGGUUUGAUUCUCAUCUGGCUUUGUGCAGUCAUUAACUAGGAUUGAUUUAAACGCCAUACGCAUCAGUGGGUUCAAGUUGCUCUAUCUGACAUUUCUUUUCAGAAGCCAAAAUUUGUUUUCGCUGACACUGCAACUUUGUAACUCAAUUCACUCAGAGUUUCAAUCUGGCGAAUUAAUUGUUCCAUAUGGCUUUUUCCUAUGCGGGCAAAUAUCUUGGCUUUUUUUCCCUCAAUUUCAUCAUUUGUACCUGAGUCUUCAUUCACCCAUAGAGUCUUUCUUGACUUGAAUUUGCAAUUGAAUACUUUAGAUUAGUUAAAGUUUCCCUCCAUCUUUUGUCGAGGUUGAUAUGGUUCCCUCCUGAUUUACCUUUGCCGUCCUAUACAUUUCUGAUUUUCAAGAACCCAACUUCUGGAUUUCUACUCAGUAAUUUUUGAUUACAUGCUUUCUUUCUAAUUGUUGACUGACUGACUGACUGACUGACUGGAGACAAUAGGAAUUUCGUUCUUGGCUGUGUAUGGCACUCUUAUAAUAACAUAGCUGCUAGAAAGUAGAAUAUGCUAAACAAGAAAGAAAUUAAAGAAGGAAAAAUCAUCAACAUAAAUUACUACGACAGGAUAGAAAGAACAUGUUGUUUUCUCUCAUCAUCUAAGAAAAAGUAUGAACCUAUGCUAUAUUUGAAUUGGAGCACUGCAUUGUAACUGCAUAAAAAACGAAUGUAAUCUUAAAUAAGACGGCUAAGAUGGCGAAUAGUCUAGUGCGGGAUUGAGCAUAUGUUUCAUGGAUCAUUUAGUUUGGUUUUAGUUUAAAUUCCUGUCUAAUAGCACGUCUUCACUUUGAAAAAAACAGACACUGUUUCUUUUUGAAAUUAGCUUCAUGCCAUUUCAAUCCCUUUUGUUACAUCCUCCUAUUGGUGACUGAAGAAAUGUCUCUACUAGCUAGUUUUUCGAGAAUGCACCUUGAAUCUUUCUGAUCUAGAAGGCUAAUUAUUUUUCUUACAUCCGCCUGUGAUUUGCUUCUGUUUUAAUGCUUCAGUAUGAAUCUUAGUCCUUUCAAUUGCAGGUUUUGCAGUGGAUGGAGGAUGCUGGAAUUCGUACAUCAUUUCGUAUGUAUCAAAAUGCUCUUCCAUAUGCCUUGAAGGAUAACAGUGAAGAGUUGAUUGGUGCCAUCCAGGAAAAGAUGGGUACGUAAACAUUACAACAUGGUUUCACUGACUCAAUCUGAUUCCCCCUGAUUGAAUCAAUUGCUGAAUCGAACAAGUUUUUGCUUGCUUUUGAUUAUUUAUUAAAGUUCGCUUGUUUGCUUGAAUGGAGAUUUCCAGCCUUUUUUAUUUCAUCUAAGUUUUAGUAUUUAUAUCGUUGUAUAGUCUGAUGUGCAUUCCUUGUCAUCAUUUAACAGAGGACUUUGGACACCACUUGCUAUGAGUUGCUUGUUAAUCUUAUCUUUCUCCUUCGUAUCAAAUAAUUUCUGCAUAAUAACACUCCAAUUCACUUUUUUAUGUUAUUUGAGUUGGCAGGAUCCCUGAUGUAGUGUUUAUAAGCUCUCUUUUUUUAGCUUGAUGAGGGAUAGCCUGGAACGAAUGUAGCUCUUUGUCCUCUGAGGGAAGCAAAAUGAUUUUUUAUUUAGUUUUCAUUGGGAAUGCCGUGAGAAGAUCAGACGAUUCUUUGGUGCUUAUGGUCCCUACUUAGAAGCCACGAUGGGGAAAAUGACCAAUUCCACGUCUGCUGUCAGAACCCUUGUUUUUUCAUUUGUAGCUAAUAUUUACACGAUGCUUCUCGGCAGAGAAGAUGAAUCCAACCGUUUUCUAGAGCUGGAUGUGUUGCCAAGGGUAAGUUGACUAUUUUUUGCUCAAUCAACCCAUUCCAAACGCGGGAAUAUGCGAAUUUAUUGUAGGGGAAGAAGCUGAUUACUUCAAAAUGCAGGGGAUGAGUUCAUUUUAAAGAGAACAAUAUUUCUUAUCCGAAUAUACCAUGCAAUGCUGGCAGAAGUUUAAGACUUGGAGGAUCUUGAUUGGUUUGUUUGACAAAAGUAAUAUUCCUUGAUUGUACUUCUUCUAAAAUGACCUAGCCAGUAUUGACUCUAAUGUUAUGUGUAUUUCCCAUUUAUGAAAUGUAUCAGAAAAUUUAUUUACGGGUCUUCUCUCUAGAUCAAGAGACGGUAUCGGAGGAAUAGAUGAACUAUCACACCGUUCAUAGAUUGACGAAUUAUAUCUAUGGGUGGUAGGGUGGAUUAGUUGGCUGUCCUUUGUGGAGCUCAGUUUCAAUGAACAAGUAGAACAUCCUGUCAGAUCAAACGUCUGGUCUCUAUUUCACCUCAAAUAUACUACAAGGCAUUGAGGAGAGGGAAGGGGCGAGGCAUGGUGCACACAGAAUGA